UUAACUUAUAGGUUUUCCACAUUUGCUAUUUGUAUGAGUAAAUCGUUUAACAAUAGAAUUCAAGUAACCCUGGUCUUGAAAGCAAUUCAAUAUAAGCUGAAGAGAUUAGCAAAGCUCUGGCUACCGGGCACUCAGAAAUUCCAUAGAAGUCAAGAAGCAAGAUCAAGAUUUCAAAAUGGACGCAGAAUUUGAGAAUGGAUAAAACCAACCCAGACACGAUUCCAGCAUUAAUGCAUCAUAAAUUCAUAAUUGGACUACAUUCAGUCAGAUAUCAUGUCGGAUUGUCUCUACCCUUAAAGUAAAAUCAAGAUGGAAAAGUUCCACCAAAAGAUCAUCACGUCCCUGACAAGGGCACUUCAGGAUGAUAUUGUUCCACUUGCUAGGUUCUAUGGGAAUCUACUAGCAAAGGAAAUAUUCACAGAUGAGAUGAUUGAUCAAAUUAAGACUGAGAAGACCACCAGUGAACAAAACCUUAAGAUGUUGACUUUACUAAAAACCAGAGCAGGAGUAUUUUACAAAUUCUGUGAGGUGCUUGAAGAAACAUCACAUGAAGACCUUGCCAAACUUCUCAGGGAUGCAGAGUUUCAGAGACGAGAAGUGAUGACAACUCCAAACCUACAAAUGCAGGAGUUCUUCUCAAAACACCUUGCCAUGAACAGACGCCUCUGUGAGGAAGACAAACGCCUCAUCAUCACAAACCUAGCCACAAAAGAUGAACUCACCCAAGAGAAACGUGCCCUCGUUGCCAAAGUUGACGAGAAUGCACGGUUGAACUACCAAGUAAACACCCUUCACAAAAAGGUGACAAGUCUUAAUGAGAAACUAGACACAAGUUUGAAAGUCAACAAUGAUAACAAAGUUGAAGUGGAUAUACUAAAACUAGAAAUCAAACAACUACAGGAUGAUAUAGAAACACGAGAUGCUGAAAUUAAACAACUUGGUAAAGAGAAAAUGGACUUGGAGGACAGACUUAAUGAGAAUACAAAUGGGAGCCCAAGAAUUGUGAAAUCCCUUGAGCAGGAACUGAAGGAUCAAGCUACAAUUGUUGAAACCAAAAAUGAACAAAUUGCCAAACUGAAAGGACAGUUGGAUAUCAAACAAAUAGCUUUGAAGGAAAUCCACAUUCAGUUUGAGCUUCAUAAGCAUGAACAAGAGGAGAAAAUAAAAGAGAUUAAUGAGAAACUACAAGCUGUUACCAAUUAUAAACCAAGUGAUAAUCUACCAGUUGAUAGCAAACACAUGUUUAUACUUCAUAUGAACAUGGAGUUUGUUGCCAGAAAAAUAGAAUCUCUACAAAAAGAUCUCUUGGAGGCCAAUAAUGCGAUAAUCAAACUUCAAACUGAACAAGAAAUGGCUGCUGAUAUGCUUGGAUUUGAUAAAAUCGAGAAUAACCUGGUAGAUACUGUAGAAAGAUUCAUGAAUAUAUAUAAAACCGAAACAGAUGAUCAGAAAAUAAAAAUUGAUAACUUGAAGAGAAAGCUAAAGGAAGCAAAAAAGGAAAAGUUAAAUUUACAAAGCAAAUUGGAUGAGCUAAAAGUAGAUGGGGAACUUAUGAAAAACAGUGUCAAAUUAAUGAAAAGGAAAUAUCUGGAUUCUAAACUAGGGACCAAUAAAAGUAGAGGAAGUAGUGCCAGUGAUAGUCGCUCCAGUGGCGGGGAUAUCACUCCACUGCCAGAUGUGUCUAAGGAAUUAAGUCGCAUUACACACAGAGCUAAAAAUCAUGUACUUUUGAGAAAAAGCACAAGUACCCCAACUUUCCAAGACCCAACAUUUGGUAGCACAUUUCCAAAAAUACUUAACUUAUCUGUAUCUCAAAAUAGCUCAAUUAGGACACCAAAAAAUUCUGCCAAUUCUCUCAAUGAAAAGGAAAAAUCUCGUCCAAGGUCACGCCAUCUAUCUAUUGAUAGAUUAACUUCUCUGGAAGAAGACUCUAGUGCGAAAAAGAUCUGUGUGAUAUGCCAUAAUAAAUACAUAGUGUUUCACAACACAGAGUCUGCCUGUAGAUAUCACAAAGGACAGUAUGGCAAUUCUGAACUUGCUAUAGGUAAGAGGUGGUCUUGCUGCUUUAAAGCUGAUGAGAAGUCAGUAGGAUGUUGUAAAGGCUUGCACAGAAGUCAUAAUGAAUAAUAAUCAAAAUAGACCGAAAUCUCAAAUAUUUAUGAUAUCAUCACAGAGUUAUCUGAGGAGGCAGGGUGUUUAAGAUUGCCAAAAAGAGGACACCACCUCUUCAUUAUUAAAACCCCGCAGAUUUGCUUUGACUUUUGAAAGGAUUUUCUUCUACAGCAAACCUCCUAACAAUUCAUCUCCUAUUGCCAUGGUUUUUAUAAAUAGCCAAAUGUAUAAUAAGUUUUUAUAACAAAUUAAUUAAAUGCCAAUAACUUAGUAGAACAACUAUGCAAAUAAAUGUAUGUGAUAACAGAUAUAAAUCUGAAACAUUUGAUCUCAUUAUUUUUAUUAUUUUAUAGAUACACAUUGUAUUAUAUUGGAUUUUAUUG